AUGGGCUCGCCUGCUGACAACGGGGAUGCUCUCGCGCAGAUCAUGGCCAGGUUCAAUGCUGUCGAUCAGGGACUUGCUGAAUGCAAGAUGCUCGGCGAGAGGGUCCAGGCCAACGAAGCCAAGAUGGCCCAGUUCGAGGAGAGCACCAACAGAAGCUUCGCCGAGCUACGCUCCAAGAUAGACGCCAUGCACACAGGAGUCCCCACCGACAAGGCCGACGUCCUCGUCAAGCUGCAGGAGCAGGUUUCCACGCUGAGCUCGCAGCUGAUGCAGACGCAGUUCGAGGCGCACUACUCAGUCCUCAGGUCGAAUCUCCCAUCGGAACUGGCGUCCAAGGUGACGCCGAAAUUCCAGAAUUUCAAGUAUUCGUACGCAAUCGAUUUCGAGAACAAGGCCCAGGCCGACAGCUGCUGGGGCCACUUCAAAGGCAUCGCGAUGAGAUGGAUCGACCCGCGUACAUCGCAGACCCACGACCUUCGGCUCGGCAAGGACCAGCCAUUGCCUGUCAGGCACAAGGCCUACGCGCUGGGUCUCGCCUACAACAUCAUCCAAGCCGAGAUGAAGAGUAAGAAGUUGUGGAACGCAUCCUCCAUGAAGCUCGGCACCAACCCAUUCCAGGGCAUCCUCUACCUGAUGGAGAACGGCGACCCAUUCGAGAUGGUCAAACUGAAGGAGGUGAACGGCAACGGCGACGGGCGCUUCGAGAUCGACGUAGACGCCGUGAGCUUCAAGCAUUUCCAUCUGGAGGAAUCGCUCACGAACGGGAUCUCGGACCGUGUCCAGGCGCUGCUGGCGGAGUAG